AUGGCGCGUCAUUCCAACAGCUUGGGGAAAAGCAAUGACGAGCUGCCAUUGCUACGACCGACAGCACACAAACCAAAGUCUCGUCGCAUUCACCUCGGCAUCGUCGCUGCAUGUGUUGCUGUCUUUGGUGCCAGCAGCGUGUUCUAUUUGAGUGGCUAUCUUCCUACCCACACCACGUUUGCAACUCGCGAUAUCAACGACCAAGGAUUAUGGGGCAACGGCAACCAACAAUCUCCAGUUAUCAGCCCUGGCAUCUCAUGGUCCUCGUUUCAAUAUGGGCUUUCACAAUGUGAGUCUAUUCAACAACAACAAGAUAGCAACAACAACAAUCAACAACAGCAACAACAACAAAGCCGAAGGAAUCCUCGUUCAGCGAAUAGUGGCAAAUUGUUGAUCAAGAACGGCCACAUGUGGUUAGGCGAUCGAUACUUGGAUGGUGAUUUGCUUGUAGAAGAUGGCAUCAUUCGUGAUAUUCAACCUUCAGGCGUCAUUGAUAUGAACAGCGGUGAUCAAGUGAUCGAUGCAGGAGGCCGUGUUGUCACACCAGGCAUUGUGGAUAUGCAUUCCCACAUGUUGGUUGCAAGCUUCCCUGGUUUGGAUGCUUUGGCGGAUGAAAAUGAAAUGACCAAUCCCACUACACCUUAUGUACGUGUUAUUGAUUCAAUCAAUCCCGGUGACCCGGCCCUCAAAGUGGUUGCGAGUGGUGGUAUCACAACGUCCCUUAUUCUUCCUGGAUCUGGAAACUUGAUGGGUGGUGAAGCUGCUGUUGUCAAAUUACGGCCUGUACCAACUUUGUCAGGACAAGAUAUGCUCAUUACUGCCAAUGUCACCGAACAAGAUAAUGAAAAAGUGUGGCGUUACAUGAAGAUGGCCUGUGGCGAAAACCCCAAGUCUUACUACGGAGCAGAACUCAAUCAAAUGCCAAAGACACGUAUGGGAGAAAGUUGGUUAUUCCGCCGUCGAUUUGAAGAGGCACGAGAAAUCUUACGUGCUCAAGAUGAUUGGUGUGAUGCUGCCAAGCGUAUCAACAACACAAUGCCUGCUGAUGCGACCGAAGACAAUAUGAUUCGCUUGUCCGAACGUUUCCCUGAAUCUCUCAAGCAUGAAAGCCUGGUGGCACUAUUACGACACCAAGUGAAGCUCAAUGUACAUUGCUAUCUUCCUCACGACCUGGAGGCUAUGGUGGAUCAUUCUUUGGAAUUCGACUUUGAGAUUGCAGCUUUCCAUCAUGCUUUAAGCGCAUGGCAGGUACCUGAAAUUAUCAAGCGCGCAAAGACCAAUAUCACCAUUGCUACAUUUGCUGAUAUGUGGGGAUACAAGCAAGAAGCCUGGGAUCAAAAUGUCAAUGCACCCAAUAUCCUUUCCGAAGCUGGAAUCCCGGUCGCUUUCAAAUCAGAUCAUCCGGUCAUGAAUUCGCGUGACCUAAUGCAUGAGGCCCAAAAAGCUUAUCAUUAUGGAUUUGAUGAACACAAGGCGUUGCAGGCUUUGACAAGUGUACCCGCCGCAGCUUUGGCAGUGGAUCAUCGUGUUGGCAGCCUUGAUGUUGGAAAAGAUGCAGAUAUCGUCAUUUGGCAUCGUCAUCCUCUUCGUCUUGGUGCUCGACCAGAACAUGUUAUUGUGGAUGGCCAAGAGCUCGAUUUCAAGGCGUCAUGGGGCAAACACGUUGAGGAGGAAGAUCAAAUUGGUGACGAUGCACCUGUUGAGGUAUCCGACGACAAUGACGCCGAACAUCUUCGCAGCUGGUUACCACCACGAUCCACAGGAACAAUGAAGCUCAACACACCAAAUACAAUGGAUCAAGCUUGUGCGCCUGAUACCGAUUCAUUUGUAUUACGCAAUAUCAGCCGACUUUAUAUGGGCCCUGGACAACUAUACAAUGGAUCGGUCUACUUGGUCGUGGAGGAUGGCGAAGUUACAUGUGCUGGUCCUGAAUGCGGCAAUGAUCAAGUUCCAUGGCCAACGUCGAGUCCUGUUUUCGAAAUGGAUGGUGCUAUUGUUAUUCCAGGCAUUGUUUCUAGCGGCACUCCCUUAGGGUUGGGUGAGAUUGGAUCUGAGUCGAGUACUUUGGAUGGCUAUGCUGAGAAUGAUAUUGCAAGUCCUGAUCUCGCUCAAAACGUUGUCCGUGCUAUUGACGGCCUCAAGUUGGAUGGUCUUCAUUUGAAGAAAGCAUUCAAAGCUGGCGUUACAACUUCGGUGUCUCAGCCAAUCGCUUAUGGUGAACUACUUGCUGGUGUAUCGGUUGCUUUCCGUACAGGUGUUGCCAACACAUUGCUCGACUCUACCGCUACGAUCAUCAAUCAGGAAGCCGCUUUGCAUUUUACUAUCAACCACGGCUCGAAGCUUACAGUGUCUCAGCAAAUUGCAGGCAUCCGUGAACUUUUACUCCGUCAUGCUGACAAGGAUGAUGAGUCGAAUGUGUUUGCACGUGCAGCUCAAGGCAAAUUACCGGUCGUGGUGGAAACCAAUGACAAGGACGAGAUUGCAUCCAUUAUCCAGAUGAAGCAACAGGUUUUGAACAAGGUGCAAUUUAUCAUUUUGGGUGGAGCCGAGUCUCAUUUGGUCGCCAAGCACCUUGCACGCAAUCACAUCCCUGUUAUUUUGAUGCCAGCUCGUUGCUAUGCAUCCACUUGGCAAUCAAGGCUAUGCUUGUAUGGUCCACCCUUAACACCAGAGACGGUCUUGGAUGUUCUUUUGCGACAUGGUGUCAACGUGGGUCUUGCCAGCACUGAAUUCGAAAACGGGGAUGCUCGCAACUUGAUUUGGGAAGCUGGAUGGAAUUUGGCACACAAUGCACACUUGUCAGAGGAAGAGGCUAUUGGUUUGGUUACUUGGAAUGUGGCAGAAAUUUUUGGAUUGGAUCGACCAGAGAACCCUAGCCCUGCUGGUGUGCUACGUCAGGGACGAAAGGCUGAUUUUGUGGCAUACAAUGGCAAUCCAUUCGAAUUUGGUACCAGCGUGCUCAUGGUCUAUGGAGGUGGACAUUCAGGCCCUAUAUGCUAUCCCAAGCAAAUUUAG